GUAAAAUCUAAUGUUAUUAUUCCAGUUUAAAAAUGAUUUUGAAAAUAGUUUUUCUAUUUUUUCUCGCCGCAGAUGCUUUAGAUAUUCACCCUAGGACUAAAACCAAAGGUCCAGCUCAGUUAGCCGACAGGGAGAAUAUCGAUUACUGGAUGGAGAAAGGAAUGGAAGAGCUGAACAAGGCGAAGGAGACGAAGCCGAAUGAGAACCUGGCCAAGAAUAUAAUCCUCUUUGUUGGAGAUGGUAUGAGUUUACCAACAGUAUCCGCAGCAAGAAUAUUUAAAGGACAAUUCUUCUCAGAGUCAGGUACAAUGGAAGCAACCCCUAAAUACAGUUUUAUACUUGGUCAGACCUACUCUGUAAGCAGCAUGGUUCCUGACAGCGCAUCAACCGCAUCUGCCAUGUUUUCUGGGAUUAAAACUGUAUCCUGGACAAUGGGGUUUGAUUCCCAUAUUGUUGAUGGCGAUCCGAGCUCAGUUGCAAAUGCUACAGCUGUUAAAACCAUUCUUGACUGGGCCCAGGAAGCUGGAAUGGCAACAGGAUUUAUAACCAACACAAGAGCUACCCAUGCCACCCCUGGUGCGCUCUAUGCUAAGUCUGCAGAUCGAGACUGGGAGUGUGACUCAGAAAUGCCAAGUGAUGCCAAGGACCUAAAAGACAUAGCAAGACAGAUGAUGGAAAACAAUCCUGGAAAAGAUACAGAUAUUAUUCUUGGAGGUGGGCUUGCUCCAUUUGUUAACUAUGACCUAAUUGAUGAAGAGCAAAAAACAAGGUUUGACUAUGCACUUGAAUACUGGAACUGCCAUCGUGAUGAUAAUAGAAAUCUAUUGGAUGAGUGGCAGGCAGAACAUACCAAUGGUGCAAUUAUUUUCAAUAAAACCCAGCUUCUGUCAGACACACUUUUAGAAGCAGACAAAGUGAGAGGUUUUUUUGCCUGGACCUACAUGCCCUAUGAAGAUCAGCUGAAUGCAAGUUCAUCUGCCCCUAAUCUUGAAGAAAUGACUCGAGCAGCUGUUCAGUUCCUGGAGAGUAAAGGAGGAGAUAAAGGAUAUUUCCUGAUGGUAGAAGGAGGAAAGAUUGAUCAUGCUCACCAUGGUUCAGAGGCUUCUCGUGCUUUGAGAGAAACAAUUGGAUUGGACCGUGCAGUUGCCUCUGCCGUUGAUCUUGUUAAUACGGAAGAAACACUAAUUAUGGUAACAGCAGAUCAUUCUCAUACUCUGGCAAUUGGAGGUUACAAUGAUAGAUUUGCUGAUAUCACUCGGGAGGUUCAACAACCUGGUCACAGCGCUUCACAUGCAAGCGAUGGAGACCGUUACACCAUCAUGACCUAUGGAAAUGGAGCAGGGUUUAAGGAGAAUCGAGCUGAAGUAGAUGAAGAUUAUGAACUAUAUAUCCAGAGAGGACCUGUACCAGAGGAGUCUUUAGAUUAUGAAUACAAGUUUCCUAGUUCGGCACCCCUCUCCUCAGAGACCCAUGGAGGCGAUGAUGUUGGAAUCUGGGCCAUAGGUCCCAUGUCCCACUAUUUCCACAGCGUGCAUGAGCAGUCCUAUAUUGCACAUGUGAUGUCCUAUGCAGCUUGUGUUGGACCUCAUUCAAACCAAGAAAGGUGCACUGCAGGAAGAGAUGGUUGGUCUUCAAAAUGAGUUGAAAUUGCUUUGCUCUAUUCCAAAAUUAAACACAUAUUUGUAUUGGAAAUAUAAAAUAAAGAUUAUCUAUCAAUUACAGAUUUUGCCAAUA